AUGACGGACCGGCUCCCGCCCAACCUGCUUGCGCUCUUCGCGCCGCGCCCGCCGCUGCGCUGGGUGCCGCCCUCGGACCACGCGCCCGAGCUGCGCAAGACGGCCGCCGUGUCGGGGGUCGCCCAGUUCCUGCCGGCCCUGGCCGAGUACGAGCGCGAGUACGAAUACCACCCGACCGAGAGCUGGCUCGAGGCCCGCGACCGCAAGAAGCGCGAGAAGUUGCAGCAGGUCGAGGAGGCCGUUACCGAGGGGCCGAAGAAUUACUCGCCGCAUGAUGACCCUAACAUCCGUGGUGAUGCGUUCAAGACGUUGAUCGUGGCGCGUCUGGAUUACAGCGCCGACGAGAAGGACCUGGAGCGCGAAUUUGGACGGUUUGGGCCCAUUGAGCGCAUUCGCAUCAUUCGUGAUACCCAUGCCCACGAGAAGGGAAACAAGAAGAAGAAACCCCAUCGCGGCUACGGCUUCGUAGUGUUCGAGCGCGAGAAGGACAUGAGAGCUGCUCUGGAUGGAUGUGAUGGUAUCCGCAUCAAGGAUCGCCGUAUCAAGGUUGACGUUGAGAGGGGCAGAACCGUCAAAGGCUGGAAGCCCCGCCGCUUGGGAGGUGGCCUCGGCGGCCGCGGGUACACCAAGGCGUCCAUGGCCAGACCCAUGGGUCCCGGCGGUUUUGGCGGUGGGUUCCGCGGCGGCUUUGGUGGUGGCUUCAGGGGCGGACGCGAUCGUGGAUUCCGUGGCGGCGGCGGCGGCUUUGGAGACCGGGGUGGGUUUCGUUCCGGCCCUGGUGGUCCCGGCGGCGGCGGGUAUGGAAACCGCGAUCGCGGUUUCGGCGGGCCCCCUAACGCACCCAGCGGACCUGGCGGUGGUGGCUACGGCGGCCGCGACGGCCAUCGGGACGGCCCCAGAGGAGGAGGGGGUGGUGGGUAUGGCCGUGACGGUGGCGGCUCGCGCUCAUAUGAUGACAGAUCUGGCGGCGGAGGCUUCCGCGACCGCAACCCCCGGCAGUCUGGCAGCAACAUGGAGCCCAUCCGACCGCGCGGCGGCGGCGAGAAUGGUGGGUACGGCGGCAGCGGUGGCAGAGACUACGACCGGCCCAGAGACCACGACGACUCCCGGAAGCGCGGCUUCGACGGCGGCUACGAAGACCCCAGGAAGUUGCGACGCUACUAA